CUUUCUAUCACAACAAAUAGAGUAUUCGUAGAAACAUUAGAGAGCAUAGAAAUGGCCUUAUGUGGGAAAGUGUUCACUGAAUUCGAGAGUGAAGUACCUGCUGCUAAGUUCUAUAAUAUUUUCAGGAAGCAACUUCAACAUAUUCCUAACAUUGCCGAAGAUGUACAUGGAGCUACAUUGCUUGAAGGUGAGUGGGAUAAAGCUGGUUCUGUCAUACACUGGGAAUAUACAAUAGAUGGAGAAGAAGAAAGUGCUAAAGGAAAAAUUGAGACUAUAGAUGAUGACAAUAGGGUAAUUACAUUUAGUCUCUUUGAUGGGAAUGUGAGUGAGAAUUACAAGAGUUUUAAGGGGACAUUACAAGUAAUGGAUGGUGAAUAUGGUGCCUUUGUGAGAUGGACUUUUGAGUAUGAGAAAGUAAAGGAGGAUAUUACUGGUGCAGUUCCUGUUUCAUACUUGGAUCUUGUUGCGGAUGUCACCAAAGAUAUUGAUGCUCAUUUUGUUGAAGAAGAGCAACAAAUAUGAAGUGUGUUUGGCUACAAUAUUGUUAUUGCUUAUUAAAUUUUUUUUUAAUUAAUUUGUUUAUUUUGAAUAUAUUGGGGGAUAUGUUUCGUGCAAAAUAAUUUUUUUAAUCAAGAAAUAAACUCGAGCAACAUUAAAGAAU